CUCCGCGGUCCCCAUCGCCACCAUCCCGGGCCCCGCCGGGCCGGACCGGCCGCUCCGACCGCGGCAGCUGCUUCCUUCCUUCCCUCCUUCCCUCGUCCUUCUCUUCCUCCUUCCCUCUCUCCUCCUCUCCCUCUCUCCGCACCUGCACUGCUGCGGGAGGAGGAGGAAGGGGAUGCAGGAGGUGCCCCCCCCAGCCCCCGAUUUUGGGGAUGCUUCCCCCCCAUCCCCCCCUUCCUCCCGCCCCAAUUCAUAGAAAGCGGAGCCUGCUGGUGGCGGCGUGGGUUUGUGCCUGUGUUUUUGUCCCGUUUUCGGUGUGACCCCGCUGUCUCCCGGCUCGGUUAUGGGCAGACACCCCCUCGGCGCCCGGGCGGGGGUUCCCGGGUGUUUACGCGGCCGCAAUUAGGAGCCGAGACUUGACACUGCCCAGAGGCCCCGGGUUGUGAUGUGUGUAAACAACAAUAAAUCAAGCGCUGGUUUUGUCCUGAAGUAUUGCCUCAAUUAGCCACAUGUCCCGGGUCUCCAUGGAGUAGUCCACGGCUUUCCCUCAUUCCCGCCACGCCAGUCUGUCAAUUAACAAUAUAGUAAUAUAAGUACUUAACACAUCUGUGUGAUAAUUCUCUGUGUAGCUUAUUGUUGUGGGGUUUUUAAUAGUUUAUUAAAUAUUUUCUUUUUUCUUAAGUGUUGACGUAUAGUGUAAUUUUAGAGACAGUCAUAGUAUUUUUAAUUUUUUUUUUAAUAGUUUUGGGUUCCUUUUUGCAGUUGUAUCUUAGUAAAUGAUGAGUGUGAUUUUGGGAGGGAGAAUCACAGAAUGGCUUGAGUUGGAAGGGACCUUAAAGUCAUCCAGUUCCAACCCCUUGCCAUGGACACCUUCCACUACACCAGGUUCCUCUAAGCCCCCAUCCAUCCCAACACUUCCAAGGAUGGAGCAUCCACAACUUCUUUUGGCAACCUGUGCCAGUGCCUCAACACCUUCACAGUAAACAAUUUCUUCCUAAUAUGAGACUCUAAAUCUGGUAUCACACCCUUAAAAAAAUUUUGUGCCAUGCAAUGAAUUACAUUUUUUAAUUUUUUUUUUUUUUUUUACCUCACGUGCACUUACAAGCAGCCCAGGCAAGACUCAUUUCUGUCCUUACCCCUCUUUGGAAUAUGAUUUGUGCAUUCCAUUAAACACAUCACAGGAAUAGGGAGCGUGGGCAGUGUGUCCUGGAUGUUGGAAAAUGCUCGGGCCAGGAUCCUGCGGAGAAUAGCAGGAGGAUGUACAUAAUUUUCAACAUAUGCUAAAUGUCUCAUUUGUUUCUUUGUUUUGGUUUGGUUUUUUGGUUUGUUUUGGUUUGGGUUUUUUUGUUGUUGUUUUUCAGGUUUUUUGUUUUUUGUUUUUUUGUUAAAGCUAACAAUUUCUGUCUUAGUUUUUACCAAAAAAAAAAAAAAAAAAAAAAACAUGCACAAAGUUUCUAAUUUUAUUCUUGAGCGUGCUGUGUGCAGAGUUUCACCAGCGUAGGUUGUUUAAUGAGGGAAAUUGUAACAACUCAGCUUAAGAGAUCCACGCAUCUUGCUGUUCUCAGUACUGUGGAUACACUCCAGGUUGUUCUCUUUCCCCUAUGGGAUUUAAUCUGUUUAUGGUCUGCCUGUGCUUAUGGGGUCAUAUCCCUUUAGUUAUGUGUGUGGUUAGAGUGAGAUGGCUUCGGCAGCUGGAUGGAGUCCUGGUUAGUCCCUGUCAGCGCAGGUGUGAAUUUUAUGGAUUACACUGAACAGGGAAACAAAUUGUUGUGAUUGUAUCAGAAAUCCUUCCGUGUAUUUCCAGACCGUGUCAUUGCUACAGUAUCAAGCAAUAGCAAAUGCAUUUGAAAUGCAUUUUCCAUCAUAUAAAAUUGCAGUUACCCUUUUCUGAGAAUAACUUCUAGAAUCAUUACAUUGAAGUUUUCAGAAGUUUCUGAGGAAAGAAACCCCCAAAAUAUUUCACAUAUUUGAAAUAAGUAGUUCGGGUGGUGUUCUUCUUGUAUGUUCUAUCUUCAGUUUACUUUACAAACUGUACAGUAUAUUUUUACUGUUGACUGUUACCCCUUGAUGUAUUUUCUUGUCAUCUUAUGAUUAAAGUAUCCCCAGGAAAAUUUCAGUGUAGGUUCCACUCUGUCUUCGUAGCGUAAUCUCCAGAUAAGUAGUGAAAGGCAGAGCUCAGUGUGCUUCAGUCAUAGGGAAGUGUAGGGGCUGUUGGCACUGCAGGGAGAUUUUGGAGACUCAGAUCAUUUCUCAUUGAUCUCCUGAGUGGGUUUGGACCAUCCUUUUUUCUUUUUUUCCCCCUUAAUCUGUGCUUGUGUAUCCUCUAUAUAAAUUCAGUGUUAAUACCUGUCUCAUGUAAGAAGUGGGUCCUGUUAUCAUGUAGCUAAUGUGCUUUGCUGGACUGAAAUUUUCUGAUGUGCUGAUAGGAAAACUGAGGAUUCUUCAAAUUUUAUGUGUGUUGUUGUUGGAGUUGGUUGGGAAUUUAUUUUUGUGUUUGGAAAUUCCACUUUGGCAUGUAAAAAGUCAGUCUGAUGUUAAGUAAGUUACAGCCUUGAUUUGUACUUUUAAUCUCAAUACAAUUCUAAAUAUUUGGGUUAUGUAGAAAUGACAUUUUAAAACUGAGACCUUGCAGUCUUCCAUUAGUAGGACUGAAAGGAGUUUAGAAUGAAUGAAAUAUAUGUUUAAAUUUAUUUUAAAUACUUCAGUCUCAUAAAAUAACUGUGUCUUCUAGAAGAUGUAUUUUCUUCUUCAGAAUUUUGCUUUCUUACUAUAUUUCUCUAAUACCUUUCCCUGUGCUGUAAAUGCAAUACUCUAAUAAAGUCCUGAUAAUUCUGAUUGCUACCACAGCAAGUUUGGAAGUGUUUAGGAGCAGUUCAAUUUCCUGGAAAAGGGUAACUCUUUGGUGUUAUUAAGCGCAGUGUUAGUGGCCAAGGAUGAAUGAUCCACAGAACCACUGCUGUGGUAGUGGAACUGCCUGUUCUAAUGGCCCUGUUAAUGUCCUGAAUGAAGCAGCUCAAAUUGUAUUUCAGAAUAUUAUGUUGUGGUCUGGGAGCCAAAUGUUGCCUCUGCAAAACUGGCACAUAUGUGAAAGCUUACAGUAAAGCAGAUUAAUAUUUUUAUUUUGGUGUAAGUAGGACUGAAUUCAUUUUUGUUUGUGUGUGUGUGUGAAAUUUAAAAUUCUACAAAUGUUACUUCUCUCGCAGCAGCAGCUGGUUACUUUAGUCUCACUUGUUAAAAGAGUCUGUAGGUUUAAAAAUGAGAAUUCUCUGGGGGGAGGGUUAUUUUACCACAGCUCAGUGCUGUAGAAAAUGUAAAGCAACUUACUGCUCUUCCAAGCAAGAGGAUUCCAAGAGCAAGGAGAAAAAGCUGCUGAUAGAGUUCUUUCAUUUGCUUGCUUGGUGCCAGAUGUUACCGAAAUAUUUUACCCAGAGCAUUACAGAUCUCCCCAAGGUAACUGAGCGCUGAAAUAUUCACUCUUGUAGCAGGUUCUUCACUUUGUUCACUGGGGUUGUUUCGUGCCAGAACUGUGGGACACGGGGAUUCAUCAGGUGGAACUGGGGGUGGGGUAGGAAAUAAAAUCGCGGCACCACGGAUCUGGAGACUCCAAUUUUGUUGUUCUGGAGCAGCGCCACGUUUUUAUGAAGUUGGUGAGGGGCAGUAACUUGGUUCCCCUGCCAGCAGCGUGGGGAUGCCACAUCGUGUGUGUCACUGAAAGGGAAAAGUCGGUGUUAGAGGUGGAAAUAAAGCUUAGCUCUUCUUGUCAUCCCGUGGUUGGUUAUCGCCCUUGGUAGGAACACGCUGUUCGGGUUUUAAUACGGCAGCUGCUCCAGGCCAUGGUGUUCCCAUUGUUUUCUACACGGGUGUGUAAAAGGUAUUUGCUGUUAAACCUGAAGGCCAUUCAGGUAAAUAGAGAGUCAAAAGGUGAUAUUCAAAAAUGGAAGCUGACUGUGAUAAUCACAGACUGUCCCUUUGGCCCGGCUGUGCCCAGGGGGCUGGAACUGUCUCUUCUGCACCUCGCAGGAAACUCGGGCAAAAAAAGGACAAUAUAGCAGAUUAUUGCUGGUGUAAUAAAAGAGGGAUCCAUUUUUCAAAACUAACACAUUCCAAUUUAUAUUUUACUGGUGAGCUUUUGGAAUUGCCUGUGGUUUUUUUCUUGGGGACAGAAGAAGCUAGGAAAUGUGGCUCUACUUCACAUCCUGCUUGGCUUUUUUCAAAUCACAUAGCAAACAAAACAAAGGGAAAAGGAUAUUAGCAUGCUUACUGAAAAAUAAAAGUCCAAGCCUUUUAUAUUCAAAGGAAACAGAGGCAAUUACAGAACAAAACUUGGAGCUUUGUACACCUUUAACAUGCCUGGAGAACAGGGGAAUGGAACUGUGUGUGCUCUGUUGCAUGUUUUUUGUAACUGAAGAACUUCCAGGUCUGUCUAUGAUCACUUAACUUACGUGUUCUAGCCCAUUUUUGUUUGUUCUGGGCCACGAUAGUAGCAAUACCAAAAGUAAGAUUACCUGGUUAUUUUUUUAUUAUUAUUGUUAUUUUAAGGUGUUGUUUUCAAUGGCUUAUUUCUCAGUCAUACUGAAAUUUGCCGCAAUGAAUAUGUUUGAGCAGGGUCAUUCUGGCAAUUUUAAAUGACUCAGCAUCUUGAAAAUGACUUUAGGAGAAAGUAAAUAUGUAAAUUUAAAGGAAAGGGGGAUGCCUCUUACUUAAGAGCACAUCAACAGCUGAGUUCUGGAAUUUAGCACUGGAGAGCGAGAAGGUCAGCAUUCCCAUGGAACAUAUGGCUGUUCCUUGAGAAACUUCAACAAAUCAUAAGCUCUUGGAAAACCUGGUUGAUGUAUGUUACUGGACGAAGAUUUAUUAGCUAAAUUAUCUGAAUAUUCCAUGUAACAGGAGUGUUUUUCCUGUCUGUUGGUCCUUGUGUAUCCCCUGACUGCACAGCCAUCCUCUGGACCAAGUGGUUAACAUGAUGCAUCCCACAGCAAUAGGGGAUGGGUAAAUUUAAUCCUAAAUAGUCUUUCUGUACCUGUGCUUCUCCCCCAACCCCAGAACACUUAGGCAACAGUCCUGCUCCUGGUGGGAUGAGGACUGAUGUUUGGGGAGAGGUGGAAAACAGAGUGGGGCAGGAAAGGAAGGAUUUUUAUUUAAUCAUCAUUUUGAAAAGAAAAUAACAGUUCAUUUUAGGGCAUAAACUUAGUAGCAAAACAAAGUUGGUCAGGUUUGACCAAAUGUUAGGGUCAAAACAGGGGAGCUUCUGGGAAAGUUAGUGAUGGACUGGAUCUGGAUUUGACAGAGGGUUGCUGGGCUAGGAUUUGGUGUGAUUCAGUUUUUUCACUGGUCCAAGUCCAUGCUUGAUUCAUUAAUGGGGUCAUUAUUCCUGAAAUCAUAAAGGACAUAAAAAGGAAAUAAUUGGCAAUGCAACAUCUUGAUGAAGUGUUCAAAUGCCAGAAAUGCACAGAGAGCAUUUUCUUACCCUUUCAAGGUCCAUUUUAAAUUCAGUUAUUAUUUAAAUAAAACUCCUCUUCAUCCUUCAGCUGUACUUCAAUAGUGUUAGGAAUUCACUCUUUCAAAGAACGAGUAUUUGGAAACUUAUGAUUUAAUAAUAAAAAUGUUGGAAAACACAACAUAUGUUUACAUAAACUGCUAACAUUGUAAAGUAUUCAAUAGCAAUAAAGGCAGUGAGACUGGUGGUUAUUCUGUGUCUUCUUUAUGAAACCACAAAGUAUAAACACAAAACAAGAUUAACUUCAGUCAUAGUUUAUUGGGUGCUGAUGCAAAUCAUGAUUAAAAUAGGAUUUCCUGUUGCUUUGACUUAAUUUGUCUGGAAGGAUAUGGUUCUAUGAGUGUCUCCAAAAGUAGGAGAGUCACUGGAAGCUUGUGUGGAUAUUCCAGAGGCCUCAACAGCAAAGGGAUGAAAUUGUGUCUAGGAUAUAAGCAACCCUGUUGUUUAUCCAUGUGUGGAAUGCCAGGGAGAUGUGGAGGGGAGGGUUCUCUCUUUUUUCUUUUUUUUCUUUUUUUUUUUUUCUUCCCUUAAUGGAAUUGUGUUUGAAAAAAAGUAAUUAAAUAUCAUUAAGUAGGAAAGUUGUACCAGGAUCAGUUCCAGCUGUGGAGCUGCUGAUACACGUCCUCUGGUAUGUGAGAGGUGUUCAUAGCCCUUGUAAUGCCACCCUCUCUAGACACUGUUCUUGAUUUUUGGGUCCAAAAUGUUACGACAGCAAAUUGGGUAAAAACUGAUGGGGGGAAAAAAUCCUCUCUAUCCCAUAACAAGAAAUAUGUGUGAGGAUUCACAUGCUGCAACCAUAAAAAGUCCUUUAGUUUGCAGUGUUAAGUACACAGAAAGAAAGGAUUCUUCACUUACUGUGUGAAUAUUGGUGAUGGAUGAGGGAGUGAUGGGAAAUAUUUUUGCUCCCUCAUACCCUAAUCCCUCAGGAGUCUUGGAGCAAUUAAAGGAGGUUUUGUUUCCCCCGACUUCUGUUUUUCUCUUGCCAAAAUUGCUGUUCAGUCCCAUAAUUCCUUACUUUAUGGAGCUAAUAAAGCAGGGUCAAAUUACAGUGUGAAUUGGGCAGGGGAAACUGAGAUAUGCUGCAGGAAGUUUCUUGAAUUUGAGAAUCUUUUAAUAGUCAGAAGAAGGAGGUUUUUCAUUUUGGAGAAGGUAGGAGAGCAACCUGAGGAUUUCCUCCUGUAAUGCCAAGAGCUACCUGGGGACGGGAUACCUGGGAUACUGAGGUGACAUUAUCUUGUGACUGGAUUGAGUAGGAUUCCUCAUCUUGUCCCUGUUGUUAAAAAGUGCUGUGGUAAAUUGGUGAUGAUAUGAGCCAGGAACAUGAACCAUAAUUAUGCACCACUUCCCACUAAAUAUGUUGGUGUGCACACAAAGGAUGUGUGCAGAAUUAGGAGCUGAAGUUCCUCACAAGAUCUCCUUAAUAAAUUUACUUCUGUUGUGCCUUGAGAAAUUUAUAUGAUUUAUACAUCCUUAAUAUCCAUUUUAUCAAUUAACUGCAUGUGCAGUUUAAGCUUAUAAAGUGGCACAUGUUUCAUAAUACCUUUUUUUUUUUUUUUUUUUGUAUUUGGUCCCUGCAAGUAGGAGAAUUUGCUGAUUUAAAUAUAUACCAAAAGCAGAUUUUACACAGAGAGUGAAUUGCUAAAGAAACACAUAUCUUUUAAUGAGGUGGUUUGUUGUUUGUCAUGCUGUGUGACGUUGUGUGGUGAUGCUGGGAAGGUGGUCUGUGAUAUAAAUAUUUUGUGCGGCUUGUUAAGUUAUGAAAUGUGGGGAUAUGAAAAGAGGAUGCUAUGAAAGAUUAAUGAGACAGCAGAGCAGUAUAUGUAGUGCUGGAGAGAUCUUACUGAAUGAAGUCAGUGCUACAUGGUAUGUAUAUUCAAAAUCCUGCAUGCAAAGAAAGGUUGAUGGUAGCUUGUAGUGUAGCCUGUAUCUCUGCAGAAAUUCAAGUUUAGUUGUGGAUUUAAAUUUAAUUUUCAGUUUCUUAAAGUAUAAUAUGCAUUUGUUUUUUUAAUGUAAUCUCAUAUCCAUCAACAUUAACAUAUAAAUAACUCUAUUGCACCCACCAAACAAUAAAGGGAAAAAAGUGACACAAAGUAAAUCUCAUUUUACUGCAGCCAAAAAUUGGUUUUGUGGCUUUUUAGGGCUUGACUCCCAGGGCAAUUGACAGCAUAGCUGUUGUAUAAUAACUGUGUAACUGUGUGAUGGAACUCCCUCAGGCUGGUGUUAUGUUCCUGUUCAGGAACAUCAUCUUUCUUAAAGGUAUAAUAUUCUAAACAAUGACUGUACUUGGUAAGUACAUAAGACAGGGGAAAUGGAAGACACCUUGCUGCCGAAUGAGAACAUUCUCAUUGAGCACAGCUUUAAUAAACUUGUCUGCAUCAACUUCAUAUUGAUUUGUUUGUCUUAAUUUCACUGAAUGACUCUUCAUGGGCAGGUUGAUGGAGAUCGAUAACCACUGCAUGAAAAGAUGGAAUGAAUCCUGGAUGGCAUGUUGUCAUCUGCACUCCACUUACUGCUUCAUUGUUGUUAUUAUUAUUUGAAUCUAUAAACAUACAAAUGUAUCUGGAUCUUGAUGUCUGCUAAUAUGUGUCUGUGUCAAUGUAGAGGCAGGUCUUUGCUUCUUCCUGGCUGACAUGCAAAGUGAGAGAACGAUGGAAAAGAGGGUUCUUGGAUGAUUGGCUGAGCAAGUUCAUAUUUUGCUUUGUAGUAAAAGCCUCAGUCGUGAUCUGCUUUCUGAGAGAGACAAAGCAAGUUCAUUUUGGUUUUGUAGAUAAGUAUCUUUAUUAUGAAAACAUAACUUUAAAGCUUUUCUGCAAGAGGAAUAGAAGGAAAACACAAAUGGGCAAGAGCAGUUCCAGUUUUAGACUCCACAGUGUCUUGGUGUUGUCUCCAUCCUUUCACAGGUGUAUCUGCUCCCUGUUCUUGUCCUGAGUGAGAUGUGCAAGAAGACAUAACGUGCAAACUCAGAUCUCUCUUGUCUGAUGUGUUUGAGGGUAGACAGUAGUUUUGGAUGCUGCUAAGUGUCUCUUGGAAGAGGUCAAGAUGACUGCAGCAUCCCCUGGCUCCUUCUCAGCCACACCUUUCCCUCUGCAGCAUCUUUCACUGGGCCUGUGUUUCGUUAGCAUCUCUUCCUGCUCUCGAUAUCUCCUAAGCUGCCUAGAAACUUGCCUAUUUCCAGAGUUUCAGCUGAGGGCUUUGCAGGCAAGAGCUACUUCUUCCUGCAUUAAAUAUCUUUGACUGACCAGAAGUGGCAGCAGUGGGACCACUGGUUCAUUGCUGGAGUUGUUUCUGAGUUAAGGGAACAGAUUUUUAAGAUUUUCAGCAAUUCUCCUUUAUGUCUGAGACAAAGAAUAGAUGUUUUAUCUAUUUAUCCCAAUUUAUCUGGCAGUGACCUACAUUUUGAAGAUAAUGUGAAUAGUGAGAAGUCCUCUAUUUGAAAGUAGACCAGUAAAUUGAGGUGGGCGAAAAUGAGUACCAAAAUUAUACAAAAUACAUGGUGUGUGAAGAAGGGAAUAAGGGGGUUACAGUGUCUUCUCAGAAUGGUAUUGAGAAGCUGCAGAAACGAGAGAAGCCCAUUCUCUGAGGACAUAGAUCUUUGACAGUUUGAGAAAAAGUGGUAAGAGCUUUUAGUGUAUGAUCUGCUCCUUGAGCCUUCAAGACCAGGUGUGUGUAUCACUCUGGACUGAAACUCCUUCUAGCUCAGUGUUUAAUCUCUUACCAAUGGCUGAAAUUUAUACUGCCUUAGACCCCCUCAGAGUUAGAACGAGGUUUCACGCACCAGAGGUGGCAUCUAGAUUGUGUCUAGGCCCUUAGAAUUUUGCUUUUCUAUGAGCUUGUCUAAAAAACAACACACGCAUAAAUUUUGGUUCUCAAAUCCAAAUACCAACUUCCUCCCGCUUUCAAAAAUGUUGGAGUCGCUUUCGCUGCAGUUCUUGUGCAGUUGUGGACUUUGUGAGGAACAGAUAAUCUGGUUCAAGAUCUGAGCUGUGUGUUUUAGCCAUCAUAUCAUUUCAGGAAGCCCAUGUGCAACCUCAGUGCCUGGAACUUCCCUGAGACAGUUUUUUAAUGCUUUUUCAGCAGUUUUGUUUUCUAAAUAUGUUUUCACAAUCGUUACUACUUUUUAAAAGUAACUUCAAUGUAUCAAACAGGUGCUAUUAAAUACAAUACAAGUAAUUUUAAGUGGUAAUUUUUGAAAGGCUUUUUAAAAUUGCUAAAUAAUCCUGUAACAGAACCUGUGUUCACAGAACACAGGAGCCUGACAAUGGCCCAUUCCUGUCAUCUGUUAGUUUCCAUCAUGUAGGAGAUUACUUGAUCAUGCUUUGAUUACACCAUGGAAUGUAUUCAAAUGAUUAUGAAGGAAAUUUAAAUGGGGGGGGGGGGAAAGUCUUUCACCUCUCUUGGUUUCAUGCUUAAUUUUCACAACACUGGUGAGUUAUUCCUGUCUGCAUUUUGUAGUUUUAUUUUUGGGAUUUGCCUUGUGUAGUCUUAGGCAGACACUGAGCCAUAGAGUAAAAUAUGAAGGUUGAACAGUGAGCAAGGUAUUAUUCCAAAUGGAGCCUUCUGUUAGAGGUGUCAGCAAAGACAAAGGUCUCUGCCCUCCACGUUGUACGUCAGUGGCAUCUCUGCUGGAACAAGAUCAUGUCUUCUUCGACCCAUUGAAGGAAAGGGAAUAUUUGUUCACACUUAUGAUGAUUUGACAUAAUUAACGUUUUAUUAACCAUGAUGGCAACACAGACAUUAAGUAUAGACAACUAUCAAGAUGGGCAACAGAUGCAAGUGGUGACAGAGUUAAAAACUGAACAAGAUCCCAACUGCUCUGAAACUGAUGCAGAAGGGGUGAGUCCUGCCCCUGUAGAAUCUCAAACUCCAAUGGAUGCAGACAAGCAGGCCAUUUACAGGCACCCACUAUUUCCCUUGUUAGCACUAUUAUUUGAAAAAUGUGAACAAUCUACACAAGGCUCAGAAGGCACAACUUCUGCUAGUUUUGAUGUAGAUAUUGAAAACUUCGUAAGGAAGCAGGAGAAAGAAGGAAAACCUUUUUUCUGUGAAGACCCAGAAACCGAUAAUUUGAUGGUAAAAGCAAUCCAAGUUCUUCGUAUCCAUCUGCUCGAGCUAGAAAAGGUUAAUGAGCUCUGCAAGGAUUUCUGUAGUCGCUACAUUGCCUGCCUGAAGACAAAAAUGAACAGUGAAACUCUAUUAAGUGGAGAGCCUGGCAGUCCUUAUUCACCUGUGCAAUCUCAGCAAAUUCCAAGUGCCAUUGCAGGCACACUCAGUCCCCAAGGGAUUAUGGUGCCAGCAUCAGCAUUGCAGCAGGGAAAUGUAACUAUGGCAACAGUAGCAGGGGGGACAGUGUAUCAGCCAGUCACGGUGGUCACUCCACAAGGCCAGGUGGUGACACAGGCGCUGUCACCUGGGACUAUUCGGAUCCAGAACUCUCAGCUUCAGUUGCAAUUAAACCAAGAUCUAGGCAUCUUGCAUCAAGAUGAUGGCUCAUCAAAAAAUAAAAGAGGAGUUCUUCCCAAGCACGCUACAAAUGUGAUGAGAUCUUGGCUUUUUCAGCACAUAGGGCAUCCGUACCCAACAGAGGAUGAGAAGAAGCAGAUUGCAGCACAAACAAAUCUGACACUACUCCAGGUUAACAACUGGUUUAUCAAUGCUAGAAGGCGAAUUCUUCAGCCCAUGCUGGAUUCCAGUUGUUCCGAAACUCCCAAAACGAAGAAGAAAACAGCUCAGAACCGGCCGGUCCAGAGGUUCUGGCCUGACUCCAUCGCCUCAGGAGUUGCUCAGCAGCAAUCCAGCGAACUCACGAUGUCCGACGGCGCCGUUGUCACCAUUACAGCUCCAGUCAACAUGAAUGUAGACAGCCUCCAGUCUUUGUCAUCUGAUGGUGCUACUUUGGCUGUUCAGCAAGUCAUGAUGGCAGGGCAGAGCGAGGAUGAGUCUGUAGACAGCGGGGAAGACGAUGGAGGAGACCUCUCAACAACAAACAUCAGCGGGCUGGUCUUGGAUAACAGCGAUUCUCUGCAGUAGGAAGCGAGAGAGUGUGACAAAACACUUAGGAAGAAAAAAAAAUGGACUGACUGACUGACUUUUUAUAGUUUGCACAGCAAACAUUUUACACAAGUUUUAUUUCUAAUAUGUUUUAUAUGUAGAUAUAGAAGGGUGCACUUUUUUGUAUUUCAUAGUAAGCUUAAAGAGUGUUUUUGCAGGUGCAGCAACUUCUUUCAAAUGUGGUUGGUUUUUUUUUUCCCUUUUCUUUUUUCCUUUUUCUUAUUUCAGAAAAUUAUUUCUAGUAAUAUAAAGAACCACGUAAGCACCCCUUUGUUCUAUGAAUUGGAAGUGCUGCAGUUUCUGAUGAAUUAUGCAGUUUCAAUUAGUGCUGUUAUUUAACACAGCUUUGGAUGGGCAGGUGAUGUAAAUUUAAAGCAUGUGACACUAGUGUGUGAAACUUGAUUAUUAAGUUAGAUGCAUAUAUUUGAAAGAUGCUUCUGCACCUUAAAAACUGCUAGUCUGAGGUGGACAGCAACACACAUAAAAAGGAACUGUUGAUGUGUGAUUCAGUAGAGAAUGUAUGGCAAUUUAAAUAAGUUUAGUUUCUCUCAUAGUCCGUGAGCCUGUUUAUCAUUUGCUAUAAAAACUCCUAUUUUUACCUUGCUGGGGUUAUUGGAUAAAAAAAAAAAAUAUUUUUAUAAAUUCACUAGAAAUUGGGAUGACGACUGUAUUAAGCAGGAGGAGGAGAAAAAAAAAAAUUUCCAGAGGGGAAAAAUAAAUGUUUAGUAUUCCUAUUUGGAAGGUCUGAAAACUGACCCAAUUUAAUAAACAAGCCUACAGUAGCAUUCUAUGAUUCUCAGCUAUCCCACGGUGAUAUACUAUAUUUGAUAAUAGCAUAAGAAGGGCCCACUGUUUGAUGGGAUUUUGAUAUUGUCAAACAUUGAUUUAUAUUAUGUGUAAACUAAUAUUCAAAUUACAUAACUCUGUAUCUAGACUUGUAUCUGAAAAUAUUUGCUAAAUGACUAUUCAGGUAAGUAAAUUCAAAUACCCACAACUUUUCCAGUUGCUAGAGGAACUUAACAGUUUAUAGUUUGUACAACUGAAUCUGAAAAAAAAAAAAAUGAAAAGCUGCCUACUAUACAGUCAUGAAUUGUGCUAUUUUAUUGCAUUUGAAAUAUUUUCCCCUAAUACGAAAAGAAAUAUAACUUAUGGAUUUAUAUAAAAGUUUCUUCAAAUCUGAGGUUUACUACCAGAAUAUACAGCAGGCUUUAUUAGAGUAGAAAAUCCUUGUGUGUCAUUUAAAAACGAAGAACUGUUGUGAAAACAGCUGGUUUUUUUGGUUUUCGGUUGUUUGUUUGGUUUUUUUUUUUUGUGGAAACAGUUCAUUUCUUUUAUUUUCCCAAAGUUUGAAGUCUGUGUCUGUCUAUCCAUGAACUUUCGGAACUUUUGUAUUUCCCUUUGUCAAGUACAAAUAACAGACUCCGGGAGCCUCAUGGUGUGAUCAACAUCCCCUUUUUAAUCCUGUUUGUCACAGUGUUGGGUUAGAUCAGAACUUCCUUCUGGUUUAGAGCAGAUCUAGUUGCGUUUCUGAUGUGACAGGGGGAAAAAAAAAAAAAGGAUGUUAGCUUUUAGACAUUGUAUUUGAACAAAGCCCUUGGACAGAUGCAAAUAUUUAAUUGAAUACCUAAUUUGUGCUUCACAGGACACUCAGGCGUGUGUGCUUCGGUCCCGUUGAUUUCGGUAGGAUUAACACACCUGCUCUUGGACGUGCUUGAAUGGUUGGAAGGUGGUCACUGCAGAUUCCAAAGCAGGUGUGAGUUGGUGUGGAGAAAAACUUAUGGAAGAAAUGUCAGUAGCAUUGCCACGUGCACGUGGAAAAUAAUACUGGUUUUCAGUGGCUAGUAGCUGUUUAAAAGCAAAAAAAAAAUUGGUGUUGGUUUUACUCAACACAGGUGAUGUUUCUGCUGUGGCACUCACUUAUUCCUGGCUGAGGAUCUGUCCUUAGUUCAAGUGCUGUAGCCAUCUGCUCCACUGGAGUGGUAAUUCCUAAAGAACUUGUUUUCUUCUGACUUCUCUGCUUUGCCACCAAUGUGCCAUGUUUGUUAAACAGCAGGGUAAAUGAAUAAUGAAAGGUUUAAUUAGGAAGGUGUCGACAUAGCAUAACUAUUUCAAAGGCUGUCGUCAAAUCCAGUUUGACCCCAAAACAUUUUAAAGGACAGAAACCAUGUAUGAAUCCUGCUCCUUUGGAAACAUUCAACCUACUGCCCCUGCAAAAGAUAACUGAGAUUACUGGAACAGAGAGCCAGAUUCUGUGGUUUUAAUUGUUUUUGGUUUAACUCCAAAAGCGCUUCAUCACCCCCACAGUUUCCAUUAUACAGCAGAUCAUGUUUGUUGGUUGGUUUGGGGUUUUUAUACAGCCACUCUUGUUCAUGUUGAAUAGACCUUUAAUCCUUGUACUUGCAGGCAGAGGAAUAAUCUGCUUUUCACUGAGUACAGGCUCGUGGACAAACACCUGCUUUUCCAAAUCAGGCUGUGCUGGAGCACCAGGCUGUUUUUCACCAUCUCCUUUCCUUCCCUGACCAGCUGUUGCUGCCUCAGACUUUCCCCAUCCUGCUUCCAGGUGGGCAUGGGAGCAGCUCAUCCAGCUGAUCCCGGGGGUAGCCAACAGCCAGCAGGGAAGGGAAGGGCAAACCAAAGUGGGCAAAACUUCCAUGCUUUGGAGAUCACGUGGCAAUGAGCAUUUGCCCACACCUCGAAACUAUGAGGACUGAGAUCCUAAAAAGAGAGAAGGCAUUAAAGCAAUUUAAUGUCUAUACAGCCAACUGGAAGAGGCUUCAGGAAUAUGUUAUGUGCCAUGUGGAACUCAAUUGGAAACAGCCAGGCCUCAGGGUUUGCAAACUUCUGAAAGUUUAUUUUUCAGAGAGAAGCCAUUAUCUAGUUAGCUUUUUUUUUUUACGUUUUUUAUUCCCUCCGCCCUCCAUGCAGCAGAAGUUUUAUUCUUCUGAAAAAUUUGCAACCUUGUCUUCAGCUACUUUAUCAGUACCCAGAGACUGAACUGUACAGAGUUUACUGUGAAAGGGGAACGUGGAAUAGUUUCACUGUAAAAUCAAAAACAUAAAAAUAUAGGGAUGUGAAUUCCUGAAACUGGAAAGGCUUUACCAGUAUAAUCAAAGGUAUUGCUUAACAUAUGAAACUCAAACCUUUUCUUUUAGUUCAGUGAGAAUUCUGUAGUGGGUGUGAACUGCACAGGGGUGCUUGUUCUUCUCAUGAUUUUAAAAAAGAAAAAGUAGUGUCCUUCGUUUUUCCUGUGUAAGAAAGAUUGCUGGUUUCAGCGAAGUUUCACCAUUCAGGAAAGGUACAUGUUUACAUGAGUUAAAAAGUCUUUAUAGGGGACCUAACUUUAAACCCAUGUGUAAUUGCCCCCCUUGCCCCCAAGUAAAGUCAUUCAUAUGCAAUAGAACUAAUUUUUUUUUUAAUCAAUGUGAUUCUUCUGCAGUUAUGACUAUUGAAACUUGUAAUUCUUAUUUUCUAACCCAAACCAGAGUUCUCAGUCCAGUUUUUUCAAGAUUCCUGUAACAUGCAAGGCAAUUUCCUGUCACUUUUUAACUUUGGAAGCCUUGCAGUUUAGUAAACCAAUUCCAAAACAAUCAGGAUAUAUUUCUAAAUGACUGUUACAAAGAAAUAAUCGUGUUGGAAAAUAUUUAGAAUCAACUCUGGCUCUGCAGUGGGUUUUUCCUAUGUCUGGAUAUUGUGUCAAAGUGGAGUCCUGCUGACCUCAGGGAAACUCCAUAAGGAUCCACAUCAGGCUGCAUUUAUGUGCCAGAGAAUUGGUUCCUUGUUCUGGUACCUGAUCUCUGUUAAGAACUUUUUGGAGAGCCCUCCAGCUUUAUUUUGCUUGUGUACCUGGGUGUUCUUCCAGUGGAAACCAGGGUAUGGACGAAGGGCUUGGAAGGGCAGGGACUCACGUUGGCCUGGUGUGCACCACAUAAUUGUUCUGGUAUUCAAAAUACAGCCAGAAGCCAGACCCACAGUGAGGAACUGGAGUUCCCAGUUCCUGUGCUUCCAGAGUAGCUUCAGGUUUAUGGAUAUUCUAGUGGAGUGAAGCCACAACGACUUAAUGCAUGAAUAACAUGGAUUUUGGGUCAGGAAGAAUUGGAAGUUCAUCUUCCUGACUUCUAUGAACUUGACAGCCCACAGGAUGAAACAAAGCCUUUCCAAGGGGGAUGGUAUUUGCACUUAAACAAAAAUGCAGAACACCCUGGUAUUUUGAAAAAUUGGAACCCAUGCAUUUAAUUGUAAUUAAAGAUGAUUUAACAUUUAUUUUCUGAAGCUGAGUCGUCUUGGGAGAAAAAAAAAUAAUAAGUAUUGGUCUAUGCAAGACACAAAUGUCAAAAAUGUGUGAAUUACCCAUUUUUAGGUGCUGUAUUGUUGUUGUCUUUCUGACUUCUGUUACUUUGAUUAGUCUUUUCAACCUUUCAGCCUUAUGUUCAGCUUAAGAGUUGAAAAGGCAAAGUGUAGUUUUGAAAUCCUGUUGGAAAUGUAACUACCCUUCCUUCCCUCAUGGAAAUCUCGCAUGUUAAACAAUUAAGUGAAAUGUUUUUGGUUUCCUAAUAAUAAAUCCAGACUCUCACCACCUCCUGAAAACAGCAUAUCCAUGAACAUGCACGUUUAAUUGUGGUGUGCAAACGAUCAAAUCAUCAGCCUUGUGCUGGGGGCACUUUGCUCUUCACUCUUCAGUGCAGCUGAGGAGUAAACAGGUUCAUUUUGCCAAGCUCAGUGUGGAUUCCUUCCCCCCCCCCCUUACCCCCUGCCCUUGGCAUGCCAAACACCCUCAAAAAGGUUUAAUUUUCGAGGCCUAAAGUAACCUGAUCGUCCAGUGUGUAAAGCACAGUGAAAUCGCCACUAAGGUGCUUUUAAGUGAUUGCCCAAAUCAGGUUAUCUGUUCAUUCUUGUCACCUGGAAAUACAAAACCUGCUCCUUUUCCGUGACUUAGAUCUUUAGGGCCUGCUGAGCGGUCACAGCUGGUUUUGCCAGAGAAAAGCAAGGUGUGAGAAGGCAGUGAAAUGCCUUUCCAACCUUGUAGGCUCCUGUAAAAUGACAUAGUUCAAGUUAAUAGAAUCCAGUGUGUUCAGGUCGUGACGGAAGUGGCCCAUAAAUCUCUGCGUGGGUUUGGCAGCACUGGGUCUGUACAAUCGACAAUCUUUAAAAUGUGAACCCUGUAACUUUUCUGUCCUUGGUUGUUAAAGGGAUUUUUGAAGCAGCUGAUCUAUCAAGGGAUAAAAUUAAAAAUGAGAAUAUGCCUCAUGGAUGAUUUAUUUUUACACUGCUGUUCUCUGUGAACAGAAAAAAAGCACAUUUUUAAAGCAAAGCAUUUACAUGACUUUUAACAGUGUUGUUUGGCUGAAAGACAAAUAUGUUUUCAAGAAACCUGGAGCGUAGUUUUAAACUAUUUAACCAGUUCCUGGCCAGGGAAAGUCCUUUGUAUUUGUUUGGGGUUUCUUGUUUAUGCAAUUGAAGAAAAAUGUUUACUAGUUCUUACCAGUAUGGGGAUUUUUAUUAUGCUUUUGUAAUGCAGGAGCAGCUUCAAUGAAAGAAAGAAUUAGCAGGUAAAUAGUCCAUAAUGUGUGUGACUUUGGGUGUUUUUUUUUUUCUUUGUUGUUGUUUCAAAAUUAUUAAUUAAAAUGGCAUGGAGAGCAAACUUCCAGUAAUGGUUCCAAGCACAAAUGGUAGUGACUUAUUUGAAAAGAUCUCCUCUCUGCCAGUCCCAUGUGUUAACUCAUUCAGACAGAUUGCAGUGCAUUUCUGAAAUUGCCAUGUUCUCCUAAAUCAGAAAUCCUCAGGAAAGGAGCUGCCUCUUUAUUAGGAGGCCGUGAUUCUUCUCCAGCAAGAAUCUCCGACUCAUUUCACCCAACGUGUGAGUCUCGCUCUGCAAAGACCAAGUCAAACAUGGGUGAUCUGAAGAGAAGAUUUAUUCUGCUUAGCCCAGGAGCAUUGGUUAUUCCUACACUCUCUCUUCCCCAGCAUCUGGCAUGGUGAGAUCCACGUGUGCCUCCCAAAGGGAACAAGCCCAGAGCCCGGCACACCCGGAGAAGGGGCUGUGUGUGACUGCACUGGCCACAGCUGGUACAGCCCCCAGGUGCCCUGCCUGGCUUAGCAAUCUGUGUGACAGAGCUCCUUUUACCCUGGGGAACAUGCAGUUCUAAUAGAAGCAUAAUUGACCAUUUUCUUAGGGGAAAAAAAUGAUCUUUUUACAGCUGUUUUCUUACUCCGGAACGUAUUUCCCCAAGAAUUUUGGAUCAUUUUUGUUUUCAAAGGGUUAAUCUGUGAAUAGCUGAGUAGUGUGUGUUAUAGACACAGGAAUAUUUGAUCAUUUCUUUGACCUUAAGAAGUGUGUCUGAGAGUUAGUGCCAGUAACUCCUGGUGAUAUCAUUGGAAAUAAUUUUAACUCCACUGCUGCCAGGGAGCAAUUUUUUCCUUAAUCUGAAAUGAAUAAACAACCAACCUAACAAAACAACCAACCAAAAAAAAAAACCAAAAGUAAGAAAAACCCACACCUCUAAAGAACAAGUGGGAAUGGCAUCAAACUGAAAGAGAGGAGGUUUAGAUUAGAUAUUACAAGGAAAUUCUUUACUGUGAGGCUGGUGAGGCCCUGGCACCAGGUUGCCCAGAGAAGCUGUGGCUGCCCCAUCCCUGGAAGUGUCCAAGGCCAGGUUGGACGGGGCUUGGAGCAACCUGGGAUAGUGGAAGGUGGAAUUGGAUAAUCUUUAAAGUCCCUUCCAACCCAAACCAUUCUCUGGUUGUACAUUUGUAUCACCUAAAUUAUGCCCCAUACAGUGUAUUUUUAGUCGACUUCAAAUUCCCCUGAAAGCUGAAUGCCCUCUUCAGUAAGCCAUUAAAGGAAUCAAAAGCUUUAAUUCUAAGGAAGUGGUGAGCUGGUUUGCUGUUUCUAAAUAAGCCUCUUUGUAAAAAACCAGAGCAAUAUCCUCAAGUCUAAAACAAGGGAAAACAAACUCCACACGCAGUGUAAAAUGAGGAUUCUGCAAAAAAAAAGCCACAAUAAGGCUGGGACACAUAUUAGGUACUGUGUUAUUUAUUUAAAGUCCAUAUAUAAAUUCAUGCAAGUUCAGAGUGUGUGAGGUAUGUGGGUUUAAGUCUGUGGUGUAUUUAAAACACAAAAUGACAAGUCACCAAUUUGGACACCCUCCUAAAACCUGGAAGCAACGUGACCUUUGCAAGUCAGGUUUGGUUUGUCUUCCUGAUGCAACUAAGGUGUGACCCAGGGCUUAUGAAGUAAUCAGGGAAAAAAUCUGUGGGUAUUUACCUUCUCUGUUGGUCUUUGGACUUUGGUGUCACUACCAGCACAAGUCAGGGGCUGAGGCCCUUGGACCUGCUCCCGACCAUCAUUCCUGGCACACGUUCUGUUGAGUUGAUCCCUGAAUCCUGACUAUAAGCUGAUGCAUAUAUGCUAAAUGUGAAUGUGGUAAUAAAAGUUAAUUUAGAUAA